GGCGAGGGAGCCAUGGCUCUCCCUUGGCUGCAGCGCGUCGAGCUCGUGUUCUUUGCUACCGCCUUCGUGUGCGGAGCCGUGGCGGCCGCGGCACUGACUCGGACCCAGGUGGGGCUGCGGGACGGGGCCGGGAUUUCUGCACGAGGGGAGACCAGAACUUGUGAGGCAACUCUGAAGCGCUUUGUAUUUCAUAACUACCGCCUAUUUCCUGAUCCUUCUGGCCACUCACUGCAGGGCUCCUUCAGGGGCAGCUGUCCCCUGUAUGGUGUGGCUGCCCUGAAUGGCUCCUCCCUGGCCUUGUCCCGACCCUCGGCCCCAUCUCUCUGCUACUUUGUGGCUGGGGCCUCUGGCCUGCUGGCCCUCUACUGUCUCCUGCUUCUGCUCUUCUGGGUCUACAGCAGCUGCAUCGAGGAUUCCCACAGAGGCCCGAUAGGGCUCCGCAUUGCACUGGCCAUCUCAGCUAUAGCCAUCUUCCUGGUCUUAGUGUCUGCCUGCAUCCUUCGAUUUGGCACCAGUUCCCUCUGCAAAUCCAUCAUCUCCCUGAACAUAACUAGCUGCUCUGAUGCCCAGAAAACUCCAUGGAUACCCCCUGGAACCGCUCUGCAGUUCUACUCCAACCUACACAAUGCUGAAACCUCUUCUUGGGUGAAUCUGGUAUUGUGGUGUGUGGUCUUGGUGCUCCAGGUCAUGCAGUGGAAGUCUGAAGCCACCCCAUACCGGCCUCUGGAGAGGGGGGACCCUGUGUGGAGCUCUGAGACAGAUGCUCUUGUUGGGCCACGCCUUUCCCAUUCCUGAAGACUAACCAAAGAGUACUCCUGCCGCCAGACUCCGUGCCCAAGUGCCUGCAGUCCUCUUGCCCCCACAUGGCCCACACGGCUGGGAGCCUGAGUUUUCCCUCCAGGAGGGAAACAUGAUUAACAGACCCCCUCUUCCUACAGCUGUUUUUGUACCAAAGUAUUAUAUUACUUUCUUUCUUCA